GAAGAGUUGGUAGAAUGUAUUUCAAUAUAUAUCCAGUAGUUGUACAGUAAAGUAUGUCAGUCAGACGCUACAUUCUACAAGUCUACGAAAUCGAAGAUGAGAUUUUACACUAUAAUCCUGUUCACUGUUGCGACUUUAGUCGCUUGUGCUAAUACCGCGCCUGUUACCCUCGAUGAAAUCUCCGAGUACGCGGACCCGGUGGUCAGCGAUGUGUAUGAAGCUAUGGAGUUCGAUACCGAGUUAGAUGAAAGUUUAACGUUACCCAGUUUUGGCGGCUUCUGAGUGGAGCCGCCACGAAUAUCUGCGACUACAUGCAAACCUCGAGGUGUAGCUAAUAAGUCGCUGUUAAUAGCUUCAACAGUUUCACCACCAGAAUCAAGAUACUAGCAGAUGGACUGAAAAGUUGUUUCGUCGGAGUCGAAGUGCUCAACUCAGCUGAGGCAAUUAAGUCAAGCUUUGAACGCCCGUAAUAGAAUCCACCGUUCUGAGAUGCGCCAUCACUGCAGAUAAGAAAAACAAAGAUGACCAGAGCUGCGGAAACUGGUUUGCAUGAUUGGAAUUCAGAGUAUGGGUGACAUCAAAGAUAUCUCGACGGUUGAGAAACGUAUCAACUCCGCUGCAAAGAAGCUGUGUAAGAUUUCUGGGGUAAACAUGUAUAUCUGUUGAACACAUGUGAAAUCAUGCUGCGAAGUCUAAAUAAGGAUGCGAAUAGCUCAUUAAAUACACUGAAAUAUUUUGCCUAACUAUAUUGGUUUUUAUUGAGUUCCAUAUAUUUCUGUUAACACGUCAGUGUAGGUUCAGAUCACUGUGAAAGAUUAUGACAAUCGAUCGAAUAUGGUAAACAGACAAUCCUAUUGCAUCUCGAAGACCUCUUGACGUUGAUUUUAAACAAAGCACAUUUUUUAAUUAUCCUUCUGGGUUUUUCAUUUCGAUAAUUGUAGUCGUGAACACGAUCGCUCAUACUUCUCUUGCGACAACAAGAAGCCUGCUAAGAGGCAACCCGAUAAAUAUUUUAGUUACAUUUGUCUGCGAACGCUCUAUAGAUACACUUGUAUUAAGCUCUCUGCACUGGUGACUUAACUAUGGGCAUUCGACUCCGAUACCUUUUAUACUUGGAUCAUGCAGCGAUCAUGUCACUUCUCAGCCGCUACUUUUGUGUCACUUUUCCCCUCGUAUCAGUGAUGUAACAAAAACAAUGAUAUUGGGUACCAUCACUCAACUAAAGUUCGGUUUGAACCACUCUAGUCUCGAGAAUAAAGAAUUUACUGGCGAUGAACAUGGUGGCCCUCUGGAGGAAGUGACAAAUGAAAAAUUAGUCCUGGAGGAAGUGACAAAUGAAAAA